AUGGGUGUGUCGCGUUCACGGAGGCAAUCCCUUGACUGCCAUGCCAUACCUCCAUCACCUCAACCAUCUUCCGCUUUCGAGGACAUUUUCGACGUCGAUUCACCUGUCUCGAGACCCGUUAGCGAAGCCUUCAUGUCGGGAGCUUCCACACCGAAUGGCACAACAAAUUCUCGUCCACCAUCGCUCACUGAAAUCUUACUCGAUGUCGCUUCGCCACCGUGGACUCUGAGUGCUUUCAUGGCAUAUCUUUCUCAAAAUCAUUGUAUGGAGAGCCUCGAAUUCACACUCGACUCACAACGCUACGCCGCCUUUUACAACGAAAUCAUCACCAACAAUUCGAAUCGCACCCAAGAGGAUAACGACCGUGUUUGUGUAUUGUGGGAAAAGCUCAUGCAGGUUUACAUCAUUCCUUGUGCUCCUCGAGAGGUCAACCUCCCAGCCCGUAUUCGAGACCAGUUGCUCGGCCUUCCUUGCGGCCCUUCUCCUCCCCACCCUGCACAACUGGAAGAGGCUGGUCGAAUUCUAUAUGAGCUUAUGAACGAUUCUUUACUCGUCCCUUUCCUCCAGUCUGUCGCUCCCAUGCACGCCGAUGGAUCCACAGAAGAGCAUGGCCGUGGAUCUCGCCGCUCCUCAAACAGCAACGCCCGUAUGGGUGCUCCCGUUCGAUCGAUGAACUCAAUGCACCAUCACCAUGAACCCGAAUCUCUGACAGACGACAGCGACUGCAACUCAGCUCCGGGUAUGGAACCCAUGACUCCUCCAACAACACCGCCUACUUCCGAAUGGGCCUUCACCACUUCCCCCGGCGGUCUCCAACGUGCUGUUGCGGCUCAUAACAAGGGCUGGAAGAAGAUGGAAGAAACUCAUGAGACGGGAGGCGCUCGUUUCGGUCCUCCUCUGCAUGGCACUUUGCAUGCAGCAGACGAUGGUUGGCACCACAAUCCUGACUUCCGACAAGACGGCGGUUUCGGGAAUGGCACGACCGCAAAAUUUGACACCGUUCGUAACGGUGUGAAGACGUCUCUCGUGCAAAAGAACAUUCGCAUGAGAAGACGAUCAAAUAAGCACCAUGAUUUCGUCGCUGCUAUGCAGCCCUUGGCAGACAAGCAUGUUGCUGAGUCACACAGCACUUCUUAUCGUCACGAUCUCCCACUCUUAUCAAUAUCACCUGUAUGCUCUGGAGGCAACGUGCAAGCCACCCAGAGUCCAAUGGUAGAUGUAUCCAACUACCUACCCACACCUACUACAAGCAGUGAGGAUAUUGGUUCCCCUUCAACAACCUCGGAUCAUCAAGCUUUCCGUUACGCGUCUCCUGUUGAAGACAUGUACGGAUGGGACGCAGAGCUCGACCGCCGCCGAUCACCAAGCCGAUCGUCGAUGAGUUCGAAUGAGGGCUGCGACGCCAUCGCCCUCAGCUAUAGGCGAGCGAAUGGUAGCAAACACAGCUUGCUGCAGCGCGUCUUUCGAGUCGGUUCGUCUACUUCCAUGGCCAAGAUGGAAGCUGCGACAUAA